AUGGCUGACUCCCUCGUUGCCCGCAAGUAUUUUGACGGGAUCUACAUCCCCAUGGGCCUCAUCGUCUUUGGCACCUUUAUUACGAAGCGGGAAUGGUCUCUUUAUGCUGUUAUCUUGGCUCUGUCUCUUGGUGCAUGGAAAUUCACCAGCAUGCAGCCCAAGAAGGUGCUCAAGCCAGAUGCCUUCCAAGAGUUUGAACUCAAGGAGAAGACGGUAAUCUCGCACAAUGUUGCCAUCUACCGAUUCAACCUCCCGUCGCCCAAGGCCAUCCUCGGCCUGCCCAUCGGCCAGCACAUUUCUAUUGGCGCUGCCAUUGAACAGCCCGACGGAAGCACCAAGGAGAUUGUGCGGUCCUACACUCCGAUCAGCGGCGACCACCAGCCUGGGUACUUUGAUCUUCUCAUCAAGUCCUAUCCCACCGGCAACAUCAGCAAGAUGAUGGCCAGCCUCACCGUGGGCCAGUCCAUCAAGGUCCGGGGCCCCAAGGGUGCCUUUGUCUACACUCCCAACAUGGUGCGCCAUUUUGGUAUGAUCGCUGGCGGUACUGGCAUCACUCCUAUGCUCCAGGUCGUUCGCGCCAUCAUCCGCGGCCGCGCCGCUGGCGACAAGACCGAGGUCGAUCUCAUCUUUGCCAACGUGACAAAGCAGGACAUCCUUCUUAAGGAGGACCUCGAUGCUCUCGCCCAGGAAGACAAGGGAUUCCGUGUGCACUACGUCCUGGACAAGCCCCCAGAGGGCUGGACCGGCGGCGUUGGUUUCGUCACUGCCGAGAUGGUCCAGAAACACCUGCCCAAGCCUGCCGACGAUGUCAAGAUUCUGCUCUGUGGUCCUCCUCCCAUGGUCAGCGGCCUCAAAAAGGCAACUGAGAGCCUUGGUUUCAAGAAGGCCAAGCCUGUUAGCAAGCUGGAAGACCAGGUCUUUGCUUUCUAA